AUUUUUGGCUUCCGCCAGAGAGCUGAUUUACGCUGGUGUCGUCGACCCUUGCGAGGCACGGCGGCGAUUUCGCUCCACCGUGCCCACACAUAAUCAUUAGAGGAUCUCAGCUCUGGCCUCUCUAGGCUCUGCUGUCCUGGACACAAGCGGGUCCAUGUCGUCGGGUCCGCUCUAGUCAGUGAGCGGUACAAUUCUCUCCACUGUAGCAAGGGAGAUAGUAGCAACUCGCUAACAAGCUAAAGCGAAUCAUGGCGCAGCCUCGCUUGGAGGAUCGCAUACGCGUGAAAGGCCAGAAGCUGUUCGAUGUUCUCAAAGAUGCUGUAACGGUACGCUUCACCGUCGACCGGAGGACUAUAGAGAAGGCUUGGAAGCUAAUGGAGCGAGUGGUGAAAUUAUGCAAUAGUCCUCGCUUGAACAUGCGAAGCAGCCCGCCGUGCAUUUUGGACAUUCUACCCGAUACGUACUCCCACCUUCGCCUUAUUCUUAGCAAGUGUGAUGACAACCUGCAGGCACUCAAUGACUGUCUGUAUUUCCGAGUUUUCAUCGAGAACCUCAUCAUCAAGUCCAAACAGGCUGUCCAGCUCUUCAAGGACGGCAGGGAACAAAUGUACGACGAAGCGUCUUCUUACCGCCGCAGCUUGACGAAAUUAGCGUUGAUUUUCAGUCAUAUGUACUCGGAGCUGAAAGCCCUUUAUCCUGGGGGUAUUUUCAAGGGCGAGACGUACCAAGUGACCAAAUCUGAUGCAAGCGACUUCUGGAAGAGCAAUUUCCCGCAUAAGGUCAUCGUUGGAUGGCGCGACUUCAAGCAAGCUUUCCACCACGUUCACCCCAUUCACAGCAGCCUGGAAGCCAUGGCCCUCAAGUCCACUGUGGAUCUGACAUGCAAUGACCAUGUAUCCAAGUUUGAAUUUGAUGUGUUCACGCGCCUGUUCCAGCCCUGGGCCACGAUUCUGCACAAUUGGAAUUGCCUGGCCGUCACCCACCCGGGCUACCAGGCGUUCCUGACCUACGACGAGGUCAAAGCGCGACUGGAGCAGUUUGUGGAGAAGCCGGGAAGCUAUUUGUUCCGCCUAAGCUGCACACGACUCGGCCAGUGGGCUAUUGGAUACGUAACUGCCGACCGUCACAUUCUGCAGACCAUACCGCAAAACAAGUCGCUCAUCCAGGCAUUGAUCGACGGCAGCAAGGAAGGGUACUACCUGUACCCGAUGGGUCGUCUUGACAACCCAGAUCUGACCAAGGACGUGCAGCCGCAGCCGGAGGACCACAUGCAGGUGACGCGGGAGCAGCAUGAGCUAUAUGUGGAGAUGGGCUCCACGUUCCAGCUCUGCAAGAUCUGUGCCGAAAACGAGAAAAACGUGCGUAUCGAGCCGUGCAACCAUCUGAUGUGCAACCAAUGCCUAAUGCAUUGGGUGGAUAGCGGUGGUAAGGGAUGCCCUUUCUGCCGCUCCGAGAUUCGCAGUACUGAGAACAUAGUAAUUGACCCGUACAAGCCGUCCGAGAUGGCCGAAGGUAUGGCCAGCAACCGGGACAGGGUCUCACGGGUCUCGCAGCCACAGCCGCCGCCGCAGCCAUCGCAGCAUCCACCACCAGUGCAGCAGCUGCAGUCACAAAGUUCGCAAGGCGGCGGCGCCGCCACACCACCACUACCUCCCGCGUACACCACUGUCAACCGUCAGGGUGCUGGCGUGCGCCAAAACAGCAAGGCUAGUUCUGGAGGACCACCGCUGCAGACUUCGGGCAGUGCCAAUAGUCUCGGUGAGGAUGCUGAUGACCCCGCGCUGCAGGCAGCUAUCCGUGCAUCACUAGAAGAGGCUGGUGGGCAGCCUGAAGUUGUGGUUCAGCAGCACUAUGGUCAGCCUCAGUUCCAGAGUCACCAACAUCACCAGCAACAGCAGCACCAAUUACGAGCGGACACGGAGGAGCUGCCGCCGCUGCCUCGGCGACCGGUGAGUAAUGGCCACGCGCCGCUCAAUUCCAGUCACAAUUCACCUCAUCACUCGCCCACUGUUUCACCUCUGCCGCAACGUGGUUCCGUCAGGGGACGAGGAAAGCCCCAACCAGAGAAUCCUUUGAGCAAGCAGCCUGGAACAGUGUGUACCGGUGGCGGCGGUCCACCGAACCUACCAUUGCCGCCAAUUCCCAAUUCAGGUAGUGGCAAUGCUCCCAGCGCCCACAGAACUGCUGAUGGAACUCUGAAUUAUGUCAAAGUGGAUGUUGCCUCUAGUAAUGCACGCGGCAUGCAGUCCUCUCAUCACAGCUCUUCUCAACACACAGAAUACAGUCGCCUGGCUUUUACACAACAACAACAGCAGCAGCAAAGUACUGCGGCUGCUAACACUGCAGCACCGAUGACCGGGGCUUCAUCCAUGCAGGCUGCUCGAAAUGCAACAUCUCCGACCGCCACUGCUCCUAGCAGUGCGGCGGCCAGUAGCAGCAUGAUGAACACUUAUGAUCUGCCUCAUGCACGUAUGAACGCUGCAGGUAUGGUUGGCUUUUCAGACUCAGAGGAUGAGGAGGAAGACUUAGAUUUGGAGCUUGGACCACUGCCCGACUCCAUGCGUCGUGCUCGGAUAAUGGGUGGCAGAGAGGAUAUGGGCGUGAUGAACAGUAGCAGUGGCAGCAGCAGCAGCAGUACUGACAUGCCACCGCCGCUACCCCAUAAGAACAACCCACCAUCCCGGCCACACUCUGAUCCCGGCUACCCAAGUGAACUCUCCUCUGGUCCCAGACCCGGACCAGAGCACGCUUCUGGCGCGGGAAGUGUUGGGGUGGGCUCCAACCUGCCAGCUGCUAGCAGUCAGGCUCCUGCGCGUGGUGCCGGCGGUGGUGGUGGAAAUCCAUUCAGCGACAGGUCAAUGGACUAUGACCAGCCACUUCCGGCGGUGCCACCAACAUCCCUAUAUGACAGACCCCCACCAAUGGAUGAUGAGCGGCGCUUCUUCGACAACCCUCCACCAAGCAUCCAUCAACCAGCAGUUCGACAGCCGCUUCGCCAAUCACCGCCGCAGCAGCAGCAACAGCCACCACCACCACCACCAGCGCCACAGCCACAGCAACAACAACAACAGUUACCGCCGCUGCCACAGCAGCAGCAGCAGCCACCGAUGCCCCCAAUCAAGUCUCUGGAAAUUGAACUGCUUACGAUGGGAUAUAGCCAACAGGACGUGAAGAAAGCGCUGGAGGUGGCAGGGUCGGAUAAGGCACUGGCGCUGAUGAUCUUGGAGCGAUUCGGCGCCACACGAUCGUAAGGCACGGCACAUAUAUCUUCUUUUGAGUUUGACUGUACAUGUAUGUAUUUGAUACAGGCCACUGAUGAUUGGAAUGUCGUUGCUGCUGCUGCUGCUGCCAUCACUCAGCAGUUGGUUUCAUGGUUUGACAAUGCAGCUCUGACCUUGACCAGGCCAUGAUGACAUCACCAGUAAGACUCUCCAUUUCUUUUUCGUUUUUAUUUGUUGUGCUCAUGCUGUGCUCUUCUGUGUUUCUGGUUUCGUUCAUUUAUUUUCGUAUUCAUCUGCAGCAGCAGCAUGGCUCAAGAUGUGAAUUAACCCAUGUCAUUGUUGUCAUGCUUUGUUGAUAUUUCAGUGUAUGUCCUAUCGGUUCCUAUGCCCGUAGUCAUAGUUAGGCACUUCCCUGUACAGUUUUUUUCCAAUUUCUAACCAAACAUUAGCACAUCUAUUUUUGCCGGACAAGGACAUCACUCUCGCCCUCGAAUCAUAUAGUGUAUUCUGCGACGGCCACACGGAAGUCUACUUCUGUCAGUUUUAAGCACUUGCCCUUGAGCACCGAUAUGCGCCGUCACGCGUGAAUUUCUUCUUGUUGGAAUGUACUGCUACUUAUACGACACUGCAGCUCUUCACUUCAGGAUGUCCGCCUAUAUCCGCACGCGUUUCUUGACAAGACAUACAUGAUUUCACGGGCGCUCGUCAUGUCGCGUGCUGCUGGCCCCAUUCAUCUAGCCGUAACGUCUGCUUUUGCUAAUCGCAUGCAGUCUGGUAUCAACUUUAAGAUCUAGCCAUCUGACGCCGAACGCACCUCUUUUCGCUCUGUAUUCCUCUUCUAAUACUGCCCUGUUUCCACCGUUUUCGUUUUCAUUGUUUCUCCCGUUGUUUGGUUUUUUCCAGUUGUUAUUCCAAUACGCAAUUAAUCUGCCGGUGCAGGACACUUGUUCCUGCUCUCCAUGCUUCCCGCCAGAGACCAUUCUGAGCGGCUACUCCAA